AUGGAUUUGGCAGAAGUGUACAUAAAAUCGACCUUCUUUGCAUUUCGGGACCAAUUCUACGAAGAGACGGAGGGAGCAGCAAUGGGUUCACCGUUAUCUCCGGUCCUGGUCAAUAUAUACAUGGAAGCCUUGGAGAAGAAAGCCCUAGAAUCCACAACGUUGAAGCCUAAGUGCUGGUACCGAUAUGUUGACGACACCUUCAUCAUCUGGCCCCACAGACGCAACAACGUAGCGGAUUUCCUGGAUCACAUCGAUGGGAUACAUCUAGAUAUCCAGUUUACCAUGGAAGUAGAUAAAAACGCCGCCCUUUCCUUCUUGGAUGUUUUGGUUGAGAGGAAACCAGAUGGCACUUUAGGACAUCGAGUAUAUAGGAAGCGAACUCACACAGACAAAUAUCUGAAUGCGGAGUCCCACCACCACCCAGCCCAGAAUACCUUGAUUCAUCGAGCACAGAUCAUCAGCGAGCCAAGACACUUGGCCGAGGAACUAGAACACCUACGCACGGCCCUGAGAGGGAAUGGAGAAAUAUCGAACGAACUAUCAGGAUGA